GCUAUGAGCAUUGUGAAGCAGCACACUUUAUUUCUGGUUGUCCUCAGAAGGCCUCGUUCGUUCGAGGUUCUUGCGAGCUGUUGAGUUCAGUUAAUGUCAUCUCUCUGACUCAGUGCCAUAGAAGCGUGGAGAGGGAAAACAAAGUUUGUGAUUCACUUUUGGUCAGUGAUCCAAUUUCAGGUUGAGCGAAUUCUCAUGAUUUUUCCCUUCAGUUGGACUGAGUACAACUUUCGGAAGAUCUCAUCGAUAAAUUCUGCCAGAUGAAGAUGAUUGUGAACUUGGUUAAAGGUGUUCUCUUUUAAGACUCUUGCAUCUCUACCCGUGGCUGUGCUUAAAAAACUGUUUGUAGAGCUUCUCGCGAUCAGCUAUUCAAGGAAUGGAUGAAUUUUAGAUUAUCGUUCAAAAUUCAUGGGAACUUGGUGGCAUUUGCAAAAGGAACUAUUGACAUAGCGUCUUAGAAUUUCCCUCUCGUGUGUAGGGAUUAAUUUUUUGUUGAAAAGUUGAAGAGGCCUUUAGGGUAGUUUUCGUAUUCUCAUCGCAUGUCUAAGUAAAACUUAGCGUUAGAAUCAUGGUUCGGACAACCGCCAAAGCUCAAAAUGCGGCUUUACGUCACUCGAGGAUCAACUUGUUUGGAAGCGCAAAGGACUUGCACAAACUCCAGGCUUUGCAGGGGGAGAAGAACCAGGGCUUUGGAUGUUUGUAUAAUAACAUGAAACAUGGUCAAACAUCGACCAAGGAACUUGGUGAAUUCUUCAAGGAAAGGUCUCUGAUCGAGGAUACCUACCACAAGAGCGUCAGCAAAUUGGCCAAGUCCACCAGUAAUUGUUCGCAGCUCGGAACAUUUGCUCCCUUCUGGACGGUGCUCAAGGCUGCCACUGACAAACUUGCCGCCUCACAUCAGAAACUUGUUCAGAAACUCCAGGAUAUCGUCAAAGAUAUACAGAAAUAUGGCGACGAGCAGCACAAGAAACACAAGACUGUCAAGAUUGAAGUUCAAGGCACAGCUGAUACGGUCACAAAUAUUCAAAGGACAACAGACCUUGUUGCCACGGCCAAGGAACUUUACAACACAAGAUGCAUCGAGUUUGAGAAGUUAAAGAGGGAAGGCAUCACUGGAAAGGAGCUGGAGAAAGCAGAAACCAAGUAUAAGAAAACAUUGGAGGAGUAUAAGAACCUGAUUGACAAGUAUGGCAACCUGAGAGAAGACUUCCAGAAGAAGAUGACAGAUACAUGUCAGAAAUUUGAAGCUUUAGAAGAAGCGCACUUACAGCAGCUCAAAGACUUCAUUAAGCAGUACAACAUCGCCAUCAAGGAUUGCCAUAACAGUGUACAAAAGGUGCAGCGAGAGUUCACAGAGCAAUGUGAAGAGCUAACAGAAGUCAAACUCAUCUCAAUGUUCUCAGAGUCUAAGGGUACCGGCAAGGAACGACCUGUAUUAUUAGAGUUUGAGGAAUGUGAUGUAUCCAACAUACCCAUGCCAGACCCAGAGACAACAAAGAAGAAGAAAAAAGUCAAGAAAGCAAAGAAAAAGAAAGAUAAAGAUGGAGAAUCGCCAGGGAACUCGCCAGAUAUGCAACAGAGUAGCAACUCUUCCGAUCGCUCUGGCAGCAUCGGCAAUGCCUCCCUAGGAUCUUUUAAAGAUUGCGUGUCAGUGAAAGCGACAAACAACUCUAAAACUACCAGCACCACCACUGUUGCCACCACUACCACAACCGCUAACAACACUACAACUACUCCCACCUCCCCCACCACCUCUACAUCAACUCCCACCACACUAGCCCCGCCCACGACCACGCCCACAACCACAUCGCCGGGGCAACCGUCUCAAGCACCCUCCUCCAGCCCCAGUGUGUAUUCUAUGGGAUCGUUUCGGGAUCUAUCGGUGAGCACUCCACAAGUGGAUGAGGAAGGAUUCAGCAUCAAACCUGAGGACAAUCGAGUUGAGCAUCAGCAGCCGCAUCAUCAUCAUUUCUAUUCUGACUCUGACAAGUCCGACUCCGAUUCAGAAAGUGAGGAUCGAACGAGACGGAUACGGGUGGAAAUCAAGCCACGGGAUGCCAACCUCCCCAAGACGACAGCUACGGUAGAUGAAAUCAAGAAGUCACUGGGUGGCCUAACGUUAUCCCCUGCACAGAAGCGGAGAGAAAAAACAAACGGUGAUCUACAAUCCAGAAGACAAACGGCAUUAAACAGAAGCAGAUCUCCAAAUUUCAACCUGUACUGUAAAAAGUACAAUCGGUUGAAUAAUAACCCAUGGUUACCAAGAAGCAACCAAUCCAAUUCUGCUGGGAACCUCUUAGACCUGGACCUGGACUUCUCCAGUCCUCCACGGAACCACACCAGCAAUGCCACAACACCAGACAGCGCCUUGAGUCCUGACCUUUUUAGCAGCAGUUUCGGUGGAGACUCCUUCGCGAGUCCCAGCCCCCAGACCCCGGUCGCCUCCUCGGCGGGCGAAGCUACAGCACGCCCUCACUCGGCAUGCAUUUUCAGAUAUUCUCGUGAAUAUGUACGCCGACCGCGAUCGCAUACGUCAAAUCUGCUUCAGAGUCCCACCACGCUGAGUGACUCUCUGCCACCUGCCCUACCGGCCAAGCAGAGGCACAGUGUAGGAAGCACGUUUGCAGCGGCCGCAGCAGCAGCAGGCUCGCAGAUCCCAAACAUCCCAGCCAGACCCCCGUCAAGACCUCGCAGCAGCGGGAUGCAGUCGCCUACCCACAGCAGUGGUGACAACCCCGGCCUGCCCAGACAAGAUAGCAACUCCUCCCUCUCUGGGCUCUCCCCCUUCAACACCCAUGGGGUCGUAGGGGGCUCCAGGGGGCCUAGCCCCCUCACACUGGGGAUGAAUGAUACUAUACCUAUAGCAGCCGCCUUCACUGAGUCUGUCAAUGCUUACUUCAAAGGCAACGAGCAAUCCAAAUGUAUGGUGAAGAUCACGGGCGACCUGAUGCUGUCCUUCCCAGCAGGCAUCAUUCAAGCGCUGACCUGUAACCCCCAACCUGCCAUGCUUGCCUUCAAAGUCAAGAACACACAUCGUUUAGACGUUCUGCCAAACAAACAACUCAUUUCAGUUGACGCUACCCAGACGACGAGUGAGAGCACUGCUUACAUCUUCAACAUGUCUAACCUUGUAACGUUAUUACGACGCCAAGUAGAAAAGAAUGCUGCAGCAUCGUACUUCAAUGUAGACAUCCUCAAAUACCAAGUGAAAGCGGACUCGGAGGGCAAGUCGACGCCCCUGCACCUCUGUAGCUACUGGAAGUGCGACUCCACCACCACAGACCUGAGAGUGGACUACGCAUACAACGCGGGCUCUAUGGACAAGGCUAAGUCUCUUACCAAUGUAUCGCUGAUAGUACCGGUCGAUGGAGGGGUAACGGUCAUGCAUUCUAAGCCAGCAGCUACGUGGUCAUCUGAAAGCAAGAGAGUUUUAUGGAAGAUAGGAGAGAUCCCUCCGGGUGGGGAACCAGGCUCGUUACGAGCAAAGUUUGAGCUCGCAGAGGGCCCCAGCAAACCAGCCACGUUAGCAGUACAGUUCAGCGGGGAGGGCGCCACACUGUCAGGCGUCGAUAUCGAACUCCUCAACACCUUCUAUAGAUUGUCGUUAGUCAAGAAAAGAUUUGGUACAGGAAAGUAUUUGUCGGAAAGCUAACGGUUGAUGAAGCAGAAAUCGUCAUGCUGGGUACUUUUAUGGAAUCGGAGCUGAGCUGCAAAACUACCUGAUCAUCCAUUAGAUCAUCCUACCAUCAUCCAAGACACACUCGCCAACUCACAGUCAAUACAUCAAUUCACUGGCCAAGCCGCUGCCGAUUUGACGUUAAACCUUUCUGGCUUGCAUAAGCCGUUUCCAUAAAGUCCAUCAUUAUUUCAAAUCCGAUUCAGCCAGGGAUUGCGAGAACAUCAAAUGAUCAAUUUUCAGAAUUGAAUGUAAACUAUCCAAAGUAACGCAAUUCACUUUAAUUGUAAAUUUGAUUGUAGAUCUUAUGUUACAUGGGCUAGAAUAGUUUGGAUACAAAACAGUGAUAUGCAAGCAAACGGUAUGGAUACAGUGCAUGAUGUUGUGACAGGUGUACCUUAAACAAGCUUAACUAGAUGCUAGGAAUACAGCCUAGAGUUCUCAGUGUGUCCAUGAAAUGUAUUUGACAUUGUGAAUACAGCGGUUAGCUGAUGAUUUGCUCGAAAUACAUCUAUUGUAAAGUUCUAUUUGAAGUGAAAUACAUCAAAAUAUGAACUGUAUUAGAAAUAUGAUAGGUACUCUUGAUUUUUUUAAACUGAAUGUGCAAAUAUGUAUCAUACAAGAGUGAUUAAAACAUUAUGUACAGCAUUUAUCUAUGAAUUGAAUGAAGUGUCUCAAAUUGGAUAUUCAUUAAUCCAUCUGUAUGCUAUUAUGUCAUUGACCAAAAUGUCGCAUUGAAGAAUUGUACAAAUUAAUGCAGAUUUCUAGAAUUUACAAAACAUUUAUGCCUUCAGCUGCUAAAAGCAAAGCUUUGUAAUGUACCUGAGAUAAAUUUUGCUAUUUUUAGUUGAAUUCUUAUGCCUCUAGAAUGAUAUUUACAUUGUUACUAUUUUGUGUUCAUUUUUUGAUUUAUGUCACUCUUUCAGAAUGUUUUGAUAUAUCAUAUAUGCACUCUUAAUGUUUACCUGCUUUUGUUUUCAGGUAUCUUUUUAAAAAUUAUUUAUAUAUAUAUAUAUAUAAAGUGUAUAUGGAGAGAGAGAGGGAGAGCAAGAGCAAAUCAAUUGUACCGUAAUCAAAGACAACUUAGGGGAGAUAAGAUCGUUGAAUACCCAGUUGAAUCUUGUAAAUUCUUUAUUUCUAGAUUAUUUAUUGGAAAAGUCGCAGUUGGAUAAAUUUGAUUGGGGGUGGGGACUAGUUAAUAUCUUUGUUCAAACUACUAAUUCUGGUACUGAUUUGUGCAUAGUUUUUGAGGA